AUGACAUGGAAGGAAAGUCUGAGAAAAAGUUUUUGCCUAUUUGCAAAUAGUCAACAACUCUUGGACUUUGUGAAUGUUGAAAUCACCAAAGAAUCUCGUUUCGGGCAUAAAACGGAAAAAAGGACAACCAUUUCAUUUUGUGAUGUGUUGAGGAGGUUUUUUUGCCUUCAUUUCGCUUCGUUAUCGGAGAUCCCAAAUCGCCCAACAACUGAAAUGAACCUUCUGGUGAGAUUUUAA